AUGUCAUUCGUACGCACCUCGACGGGUGGUAAUGAGUCGGUGCAUAAAUUUGUAGAGGCCUUACGGGCAGAUUUUAAAACUCUUUCUUUGGAAACGAAGAAAAAGUAUCCAUUAAUAAAGGAGUCAUGUGAAGAGGCUAUUUCCAAAUUGAGUGCAGCAAGCAAUAAUCAACAAACAUCCGUAUAUUACACGGUCAAUCAAAUUCUCUAUCCACUUGUGCAAGGAUGUGAAACCAAAGACCUAAAAAUCAUUAAGUACUGUCUGGGUAUGAUGCAGCGCCUUAUCACCCAGCAAGUGGUUGAUCAGAAAGGUGCACGCUACAUAACCGAUGCACUCUGGAUGCUUAUGGAAAACAAUAUUGAAGAAGUGAAGGUUUUGCAAACUGUAACACUGUUGCUGACCACCAACACUGUGGUACACGGCGAAACGUUGGCCAAAUCGCUGGUACUCUGCUUCCGCCUACACUAUAGCAAGAAUUCGACAAUUGUUAAUACAGCAGGUGCUACAAUACGGCAACUUGUUUCCCUAGUUUUUGAACGUGUGUAUUUGGAAAAGGACUCGGUAGCAACGCUGCAUGGAGUUAAUCAGAAUGCGAAUAAAGAAACUUUGGACGCUGAUAACGGUACUGGCGCUAGUGCUGAAAUGCAAACCUUUGCAGCAGAUGCGUUUUUCCUAUUCCAGGAUCUCGUGCAACUAGUAAAUACUGAUCAACCCUAUUGGCUUAUUGGCAUGACGGAAAUGACUCGCUCCUUCGGUUUAGAAUUACUUGAAGCAGUAUUAACAAAUUUCAGCGCUGUUUUUCAUGAGAAUAACGAUUUCCGUUUGUUACUCAAAGAACGUGUUUGCGCUUUGGUGAUAAAAUUAUUCUCACCAAAUGUAAAACAUCGCCAAGUACCAACACCGAACAAUGGCAACACAGCGGUGCCCAAUGACAAACCAUAUUUUCCAAUCAGUAUGCGUUUAUUGCGCUUAGUGGCGAUACUAAUACAAAAGUAUCACACCAUUUUGGUUACUGAAUGUGAAAUUUUCCUUUCUUUGAUAAUAAAAUUCCUCGACCCCGAUAAGCCCCAUUGGCAGCGCUCACUCGCUUUAGAAGUCAUACACAAACUUGCCACAAAACCUAAUUUAAUUGCCUUUUUCUGUAAAUCAUAUGAUCUUAAAAAUCAUGCCACCAACAUUGUACAUGAUAUGAUCUCCGCGUUAGGCACAUACGUGCGCUAUUCACUCAUAAAUGCGGCCGCUUUGCAAAAUGGCCAACCAACAGCUAGUAAUCAAAAUAAUCCAACAACUGCACAUAAUGCGGGCAAUCAUUGUGGCUUCAUGUUUCGUGGCGUUUAUUUGUCACUCGUAGCCACUUUUCCACCCGGUGUGGCUAAAGCUGUGUAUUUGGAGAUGUUGGAUAAAUUGGAAUCACCCAUUAUACCAGACAGUUAUGGCAUUUCUGUUGCAUAUGCCAUACUCUUGGAUAUAACACGUUCCAUUGGCGGCGUUAUACAGCGUACACCAGAAAUGCAACAACCGGCACAUAAUACCGACAUUAUAACCGAAGAGGAGCACAAGCCGCUGUGCUUGCAAUUGAUCACCUCCAGUUGGGCUGGUUUACUUUCGGCAUUCGUGCCACUCAUUGAUGCUUCCGUUGAUGAGGCGACUACGGAUAAUAUUUUAAAAGCUAUGCAAAACUUUGCCGCACUUUGUGGCCUACUAGAUCAGCUGGGGCCACGUGACGCUUUUAUAAUGGCCAUAUGUCGUGCCUCCUUCCCACCGCACUAUGCCGCGGCAAUAUUUGCAAAUAAUGCCCAUAUGGAUGCAGAUUUGCGCGGUCACGCACGCAGCAACAGCCAGGAUUUAAAUAACCAAUUUAUGAAUACUUGUAAUGAGGGAGACUUUCGUCAGCAAAUCGUCGCUGUGGGCACACCACUACCGAGCGCUUCGCUGCCGCAAAACAUAAUGCAAGCGCCCGUUAUGUUGACAACUAAAAAUUUGCAGUGUAUGCGUGCUAUUUUGUUUCUAGCACGCAGUAAUGGCAGCAUACUCGGCACUUCCUGGCAUAUUGUGUUGCAAACACUACAACAUCUCGUUUGGAUUUUGGGUUUAAAACCCUCUACUGGCGGCAGCCUGCAAGCCUUUCCGAAACCUGCUGUUGAGGCUAAUGUCGGCAUUCAAACCGCUGUUAUGGCCGAUUUGCCUGUACUCUCACAAAUGCUGAGUCAACUUUUCGAAUCCAGUCAGUAUUUGGAUGAUGUGGCAUUGCAUCAUUUGAUCGAAGCAUUAUGCAAACUUUCGCACGAAGCUAUGGAACUCGCUUAUGCAAAUAGGGAGCCCUCCCUAUUCGCUGUGGCCAAACUACUCGAAACUGGUCUUGUUAAUAUGCCACGCAUUGAGGUUUUAUGGCGUCCACUAACCAAUCAUUUACUUGAAGUUUGUCAGCAUCGUCAUAUACGCAUGCGUGAAUGGGGUGUUGAAGCGAUUACCUACUUGGUGAAGUCUGCACUGCAAUUUAAACACAGCGUGCCACUAAAGGAAAAUAUGGAGCUACAAACUAUGUUGCUAAGUCCACUCUCCGAACUCUCUGCAGUCAUGCAUGCUGAUGUGCGCCAACGGCAACUCGAUUGUGUGUUGCAGAUAUUGAAUGGUGCAGGAGAAAUAUUGUCAUUCGGUUGGCCGGCGAUAAUUGAGAUAAUUGGCGCUGUCAAUGAGCAUCAUGGAGAACCCUUGAUACGCACCGCAUUCCAGUGUCUUCAAUUGGUGAUUACCGAUUUCUUGACUGUCAUGCCCUGGCGCUGCCUACCGUUGUGCAUUCGGACCGCAGCUAAAUUUGGCUCGCAAACGCAGGAGUUGAAUAUUUCACUAACGGCAAUUGGGUUAAUGUGGAACAUUUCGGACUUCUUCAAUCAAAAUCAAGAUAAAUUAAUGACCACCCAAGUGGAUGAUGGCGCUAUAUUACCUGAAUUCCCUGGCACUGUUAAAAUGCCACAAUUUGAUAAGCUUUGGAUGUGUUUGUAUGCAAAACUGGGAGAGUUAUGUGUAGAUCUGCGACCGGCGGUGCGCAAAUCGGCGGGUCAAACGCUUUUCUCAACAAUCUCGGCGCAUGGCAGCCUGCUAAAUCCACCUACAUGGCAAGCAUUGGUUUGGCAAGUACUCUUCCCGCUGUUGGAUAACGUACGCGCGCUCUCUAGUUCGGCCAGCAAUGAGAAAGUGGAUGCCAGCGGCAAUAUACUCAUACAUCAUUCGCGCAACACCGCACAAAAACAAUGGGCGGAGACACAAGUGCUUACGCUGUCGGGUGUCUGUAGGGUCUUCAACACCAAGCGCGAAUUGCUACAGAUGUUGGGCGAUUUCGAGCGAGCUUGGUCACUGGUGUUGGAGUUUAUACAAAAUGCUGCUUUGAGCAAAAAUGGCGAAGUCUCAUUAGCUGCGCUCAAGUCUUUGCAGGAAAUUAUGUACCACAAUGCUGAUAAAACGGUACAACUCACAGAUGAAGAAACAACGCGCAUUAAAGAUGCCGAGAUUUGGACGAUCGCUUGGAAUAUUUGGCUGAAUAUUGGCAUUGAAAGCACAAAGAUUACAACGAAAAACAACGAUACCCAAGAGGAGUUUUAUGUGCCCAGUCAAGCAUUUUUAACUGCUCUGAUACAAAUUUUCCCAGCGAUUUUUCAGCAUAUACACCAAAGAUUCACUUUAGCUGACUUUGAAAAAUUCUGCAUUGUAUUGACCAAUGCUGUUUGUAUACCCGUUCAAACUGAUGCCGUGCCCUAUAUAAUGUCUUCUGUAUCAGACUCGUUACUAACGCCUUUGCACGACGGCAUACUCGACUGUAUGGAUCUCAUCCAGAAGGAGGCCACCAAGGAAGGCUCCAAUUUGAAGCAUAUGAUUCCUGUUAUAUUUCGUCAAUUAUUGGUGUUCAGCAAAUUCGCUUGUGCGCCACCCGCUUACACUGGCGUCGAGCAUAAAUAUGUAAAGACAGCGAAUCAUUAUACCAACAAUGCUUCAGUGGAAAUGGUCAGCAUGAAUUUUAUACCAUUUGGUGAAAAGUCUAUUAGUAUAUGUGUGAAAUUGUAUCAAAGCACUGCUACGGAGGAGUGUGUUAUGCAUGAAAAUAUUCUACAUGAAAUUAUUAAGGCACUGCGCACACCGCUCGCCAUGAAAUAUAAGUGUCUUUCGUCCAGCACAUGGAAAUUAGCCAUAUCCAGCUUGAUUACCAUACUACAUACAGGUUUAAAGGUGGCACGUGCUAAGCCCAACUACUUCACUGGCAUGUGGGAUGAUUUGGCUGAUACAUUUGAUAAAUUUCUAUUCCCCGCAAGCGUUUGCACAAUAGAAGAUCGUGGCCUUGAAGAAAUCGUGUUAGAUGAAACCAUCGAUUGUCAGGUCAUUGAGCUGUUGCGUGACGAAGUAUUGCCACACGCACACGAAAUGCCACAUCAAUUUAUAAUGCAAAUUGUUGUGCUACUCAAUAAAGGUUCCAUACAUUCCGCCUCUGACUCGAAUAUAUGCUAUGAAUCUGAUUGGAAAUUACGUGAAAUAUUCGCAAAGACAUGCUUUGAAACGCUCUUGCAAUUCUCGCUGCUCGAUGAUACUUGCAAUAAUAAUCGCAACAGCUUAACGGCAACAGCGGCCGGGGCGACGGUGGCGGGCGUUAAUGCUGCCUUGACAAAUGCUAAUGUCUUUACCAAUGUGUCCGGCGGUGGUGGUAAGGACUUUGCUGGACGUUUAGCGGUUACUGCACUCUUACAUCGAUUUCAGGAGGUCCUGAAGCGCUUCAAUGAUGAUGAGCGACAGAGUGGGAAAUGUCCAUUGCCGAGAUUCCGCCUUUCGGAAAUUUCUUUCGUACUAAAAGCCAUUGCUACAUUAGUCGUGUCCAUGAAGAAGGCACCGCCAUCGAAAGUUAAUAAACCAGCGUGGGACCAACUGAUUGGCUUAUAUCCCUAUCUCGUCGAUUGCACCACAACAACAUCGCCCGAGGUGUCGCGUUCAUUGCGCGAAGCAUUGCUGCAAUAUACAGAUCUAUUGCAACCACCAAAGUGUCUAAAUACAGAAACGGCUAAACUACAAAUUGCAACGCAAUCCAAUGGACAAGAGUAAACAAGUGAAAUGAAAUUGAGCAGAAAGCAAACCGGGCAACAUACAUGCAUACAUUACACAGCCGACGGAUGAAUAAAUUCGUCAAAGCAAUGAUGUUUAUGGGACUUUUACAAUUGCAAGCGGAUAAAGAACAUGCAAAAAGUUUGAUAUUUAUUUUGGGCAUAGUUAGUAUACACAUACAUACAUACGCUAAACUAUACAAUAAAUAUUUGCAUAUAUAGAUAUACAUAUACAUACAUACUUACAUACAAACGUAGCGGUAUAUUUAUUCAAUCAAAUGUAAUAAAUUAUCUAUUCUAUCUUGCGUACACUAAUUUGUUAUUAGCUUUACGCACACACAUACAUUCGACCAUAUAUUUUAUUUUUAGCUAUAUAUGUACAUAUGUACGAGUAUUUAUAUUGUAAAUGUCUAAACAUAUUUUUUUUUUGUAUGUACCAAAAUAAUGCAAUGCGUAAUGUGUGAGUAUUCAAAAAUUUUGAACUUUUAAAAUAAAACGGCAUAUUGCUGGUGGUGCAUACAUACACUUUUUUACAU